GGAAGAACCCGCCCUAGAGAGGAGCCGCCGGGAAACGAAAGUGAAUUGUGGCGGAGUAUUAUAGAGUUGGAGCGGAGGCGGGGGGGGUCGGGCUGCCGUUCCUCCUGCCGAGCCCAGCCGCGCCUGUGGACACCUCCGAGCCCUGCUCUUCCCUUCUCUCCUCUUUGUUCCGGCCCGAGGCAGAGCCCCCUUCCCCCCUUGUGAGUUAGCAGGCAAAGGCCCGGGGAGGGAAAGCGAGCAAGCCGAGGAAGUAAAAAUGAAGAGAAGAACAGACCCUGAAUAUGGCAGCCCACAGAAAAGGCAGAAAAAAAGGAUAGAAGAGUUGGGUUUGACUCUUAGUUCCACAUCAGAUGAUGAAACCCAACUUAAUAUUAACCAUGCAACUCAAGAUUCUUCCACCACAAGCAGCAGUGAAUCUGAUAGUGAGAACAGUGGGAGGCGGCCUACUCUUGGCACUUUCAGCAAUAAAUUCAGUGCAGAUUCCCUUGUGGAGGGCACAUCGUCCCGCUACUCUAUGUACAACAGUGUGUCCCAAAAGCUCAUGGCUAAGAUGGGCUUUCGAGAAGGUGAAGGUCUUGGCAAAUAUGGCCAGGGAAGGCAAGAGAUUGUGGAAGCCUCACAACAAAAAGGAAGGCGUGGAUUGGGACUCAUUCUGAAAGGAUUUGAUGGAGAGAUGAACAUCAACUGGCAAGAUGAGCCAGAGGCUAGUGCUUAUGAGCAGGUGGACUGGUGCCCGGAAUGUACCACAGAAAUUCCAGAUGCUGAAGAAAUGAAGGAUUGGAUGACGAUAGGAAAGAGGAAACUGGUGAUUGAAGAUGAAACGGAAUUCUGUGGAAAAGAACUCCUACACAGCAUGCUCCAGUGCAAGACUAUUUUUGAUGUGCUGGAUGGAGAGGAGAUGCGGCGAGCUCGUACAAGAUCCAAUCCCUAUGAGAUGAUCCGCGGAGCCUUCUUCCUAAACAGAGCUGCAAUGAAGAUGGCAAACAUAGAUUAUGUCUUCGACCACAUGUUUACAAACCCAAAGGAUUCUCGUGGGAAACCACUAAUUAAAGAGCGUUCUGCUGAACUGCUAUAUUUUGCUGAUGUAUGUGCUGGCCCUGGUGGUUUCUCAGAGUAUGUCCUCUGGAGGAAGAAGUGGCAUGCAAAAGGUUUUGGGAUGACCUUAAAAGGACCAAACGAUUUCAAAUUGGAGGAUUUCUAUGCUGCAUCUAGUGAGCUUUUUGAGCCUUACUAUGGUGAAGGGGGUGUUGAGGGAGAUGGCGACAUCACCCGUCCUGAGAACAUAUCUGCCUUUCAGCAGUUUGUGCUGGACAACACAGAUCAGAAGGGGGUUCAUUUCUUAAUGGCUGAUGGGGGCUUCUCAGUAGAAGGGCAGGAAAACAUCCAAGAGAUCUUAAGCAAACAGCUGACACUUUGUCAGUUCCUCACAGGACUCUCUGUUAUACGGACAGGAGGGCACUUUCUCUGCAAAACCUUUGACUUAUUCACACCAUUCAGUGUUGGCCUUGUGUAUUUGUUGUAUUGCUGCUUUGAACGUGUAUCAAUCUUCAAACCUGUGACAAGCCGUCCUGCCAAUUCGGAAAGGUAUGUGAUAUGCCGUGGUUUAAAAGCUGGAAUUGAGGAAGUGAGAGACUAUCUUUUCACAGUGAACAUGAAAAUCAAUCAGCUACGCAACUCUGAACAAGAUGUUAAUCUUGUUGUUCCUUUGGAAGUAAUCAGAGGCGAUCAUGAUUUCUAUGACUAUAUGAUCAGCUCAAAUAAAAGAUUCUGUGCUGUUCAGAUUAAAGCCCUGGCCAAAAUCCAUGCUUUUGUUCAAGACACGACUUUGAAUGAACCACGUCAGGCUGAUAUCCGAAAAGAAUGCCUCCGACUUUGGGGGAUUCCAGACCAAGCCCGAAUUGCUCCAUCCUCUUCUGAUCCCUUGUCCAAAUUCUAUGAACUAACUCAGGGUACUAACGUAGAGAUCUUUAGUUAUAAAUCAACUCCUCUCAACUCAAAAACUUUGCACAAAAUUCGACCUGUGCUGGAUUACAGAUGCAUGGUAUCGGGAAAUGAGCAGAAGUUCCUUCUGUCAUUAGGGAAGUCUCAGAUAUACACUUGGCUUGGUCGCCAAUCGGAUCGCUGGACCAAACUGGAAUUGAAGAUAGAACUGCCACGGGAUACACUUCUUUGUGUGGAAAUUGUUCCUGAGCUGAAAGGAGAGGGCAAAGCCCAGCGAAAAAUCAACGCUAUCCACAUCCUGGAUGCUUUGGUGCUGAAUGGCAGUGAUGUUAGAGAGCAGCAUUUCAAUCAGCGAAUUCAGCUGGCAGAAAAGUUUGUGAAAGCUGUCUCUAAACCUAGCCGCCCAGAUAUGAGCCCCAUCAGAGUGAAGGAAGUGUACAGGCUAGAGGAUAUGGAAAAGAUCUUUCUGAGGUUAGAAAUGAAGGUUAUCAAGAGCUCAGGUGGAAUCCCACGGCUAUCCUACACUGGUCGUGAUGACAGGCAUUUUGUACCUUUUGGAUUGUACAUCGUUCGGACUGUCAGCGACCCCUGGACGAUGGCAUUCAGCAAAACCUCUAAAAAAAAGUUUUUCUACAAUAAGGCAACACAGCAUGCCACGUACGAACUGCCUCCAGAGUCUGUAGCACCGUUUCACAUUUGUUACUUUGGUCGCCUCUUCUGGGAAUGGGAUGAUGGUAUCAAAAUGCACGACUCUCAGAAAAAAGAAGAUUCAGAGAAACUAUCGAAAGAAACUGUUCUAUCCUUCAUCAGACAACAUUUCACCCUGUGAUUACUCUCUAGUCACAUCUUAGGGUAUGGGGAAUGACCCAGGUAUGAAAUAGUCAGCAGGGAGCCACAGAGAAAAACACUUUUCAAAGUGGUUCGAUUGGAUGAUAAGGACUCAGUCCAAGAGAAAUAGAAAGCUUUGGAUUGGAAACGGUGCAGUAUAUAAAUACCUGCUUCCUGGCCACAUUAAGACUGGAGCAGUGCACGUUCUUCUGAAUGGAU